GAUUAUAACAAUUGUGUUAGGAAAUUCCAAUUAUGAAGAAUCUAUGAAAGAUCCUUACUUGGUUUAUCUUGCUAGUCAAGGGAUAUUACUUUCAAAUUAUCAUGCAAUUUGGCACCCAUCGCAACCGAAUUAUAUAGCAAUGAUUCGGUCUUCAAAAAGUGGU